AUGACUAAAGUUUCCAUCAACGGUUUCGGUAGAAUUGGCAGAAUCGUGCUAAGAAUCGCGCUUCAGAGAAAGGAUAUCGAGGUCGUCGCGAUCAACGACCCUUUCAUUGCCACUGAGUACGCCGCUUACAUGUUCAAGUACGACUCGACCCACGGCAAAUACGAGGGCCCUGUCUCGCACGAUGACAAGCACAUCAUCAUCGACGGCAAGAAGAUUCAGGUCUUCCAAGAGAAGGACCCUGCGCAAUUGCCAUGGGGUAAAUUGGGCAUCGACGUUGCCAUUGACUCCACCGGUGUCUUCAAGGAACUGGACUCUGCCCAGAAGCACAUUGAUGCUGGUGCCAAGAAGGUUGUCAUCACUGCUCCUUCUUCUACCGCGCCAAUGUUCGUCAUCGGUGUCAACGAGGACAAGUACGCCGGCCAGAAGAUCGUUUCGAACGCUUCUUGUACCACCAACUGUUUGGCGCCAUUGGCCAAGGUUAUCGAUGACAACUUCGGAAUCGACGAAGGUUUGAUGACCACCGUGCACUCUUUGACUGCCACCCAAAAGACCGUCGACGGUCCAUCCCACAAGGACUGGAGAGGUGGUAGAACCGCCUCCGGCAACAUCAUCCCAUCUUCCACUGGUGCUGCCAAGGCUGUCGGUAAGGUCUUGCCUCAGCUACAGGGCAAAUUGACCGGUAUGGCUUUCAGAGUCCCAACUGUCGACGUUUCUGUCGUUGACUUGACCGUCAAGUUGGAGAAGGCCACCUCCUACGACGAAAUCAAGGCUGUUGUCAAGAGGGCUUCUGAGGGUCCAUUGAAGGGUGUUCUAGGCUACACCGAGGACUCCGUCGUCUCUACCGAUUUCUUGGGCGACUCCCACUCCUCGAUCUUUGACGCUUCUGCCGGUAUCCAGUUGUCUCCUAAGUUCGUCAAGUUGGUCUCCUGGUACGACAACGAGUUCGGUUACUCCACCAGAGUUGUCGACUUGGUUGAAAAGGUUUCCAAAUAA